AUGAUGAACCGCACGCUCCUUCUCGGUCUGGCUGCUGCCGGCCUGGUCUCAGCCAAGGCCACCGUCACCUCCAUGUUUAUCUACGACACCGAUCCACAGCCGUUGGCCGCGUCGAUCAUAGGUAAUGAUGCGACCGCGACAACCUACAGUAUCAACUGCCCACCCGGCACCGAUUCCAGUGAUUGUGGCAUGGGUCCCGGUCUUACCCUGAUCGCCGGUCCCAAAACCACCAUGAUCCUGGACGCCCCGGACGAAGAUUUCUACUACACCUGCGUUUGCUCUGUCGAUGGAACGACGCACGCCGUCUGUACCGAAACAGCCUCGGGAUCCGGCGCCAACUUCCCAGGAACCAGCAGCACCACCCUGGAUGGUGAUCUGGAUUUGAUGCCUGUGACUAUCACGGCGGGCUCUGUCACGAGCGUGGCUGCCUCCGCCGCCCACGCUACAACUGAGGCUCAGACAGCAAGUAGCACGGGUUCCGCUGCUACUGCUACGGGGAAACAGUCGCAGACAUCUGCCGCCUCUACUAGUGCUGCCAUGGCUGGCUCUGUCACCUCUUCCAAGACUGCGACUGCCUCGAAUGCCGAUGCUUCUGCUACAGGCACUGGCAAGGCCGCCCUGCUCAAGGGUGACGCAGCGUUCCUCUUCGGAGGAUUUGCUGCUGCUUUUGUUGCAGCUGUCCUCUAAACCCAGCCUAGAAUCAUGCCAUACUCGCAUUUCAUAGCGCUCAAGUCUCAUAGAGGGCACUUAUGUAUAAUAACAUGGAAUCAUAUCACGCUUUAUCGCAAAGUGAUCCAAAUUGUCUUCUCAGAGGAAAGCCGAGAUGGAUGCAGAUAUGGAUACAGAUAUGACGUGAACGUGUACGA